GGGGGAUUCCAGAGAGAAUUUGGGGGGCUCAGGUGCUAAUUUGGGGGUCUCAGGUGCUAAUUUGGGGUCUCGGGUGCCAAUUUGGGGGUCUCAGGUGCCAAUUUGGGGGAUCCAAGAGCGAAUUUGGGGGGUUCAGGUACCAAAUGAAGGGAUUCAAGUGCAAUUUUGGAGGUUUAGGUGCCAAUUUGGGGGUCUCAGGUGCCAAUUUGGGGGUGUCAGGUGCCACUUUAGGGGAUUCAGGACCGAAUUUGGGGGUUCAGGUGCCAAUUUUGGGGUCUCAGGUGCCAAUUUGGGGGAUCCAAGAGCAAAUUUUGGGGUUCAGGUGCCACUUUGGGGUCUCAGGGGCCAAUUUGGGGAUCCAGAACCGAAUUUUGGGGUUCCAGGUGCCAAUUUGGAGGAUUCAGGACAGAAUUUUGGGGUUCCAGGACCGAAUUUUGGGGUUCAGGUGCCGAUUUGGGGGAUUCAGAACCGAAUUUUGGGGAUUCAGGACCGAAUUUGGGGUCUCAGGGGCCAAUUUGGGGGAUCCAGAACCGAAUUUUGGGGUUCAGGUGCCAAUUUUGGGAUUCAGGACCGAAUUUUGGGGUUCCAGGACCGAAUUUUGGGGUUCAGGUGCCACUUUGGGGGAUUCAGAACCGAAUUUGGGGGAUUCAGGUGCCAAUUUGGGGGAUCCAAGAGCAAAUUUUGGGGUUCAGGUGCCACUUUGGGGUCUCAGGUGCCACUUUGGGGUCUCAGGGGACAAUUUGGGGGAUUCAGAACCGAAUUUUGGGGGUUCCAGGUGCCACUUUGGGGGAUUCAGGACCGAAUUUGGGGGAUCCAGGACCGAAUUUUGGGGUUCCAGGUGCCAAUUUGGAGGAUUCAGGACAGAAUUUUGGGGUUCCAGGUGCCAAUUUGGGGGAUCCAGGACCGAAUUUGGGGUUCAGGUGCCGAUUUGGGGGAUCCAGGACCGAAUUUGGGGGAUUCAGAACCGAAUUUUGGGGUUCAGGUGCCAAUUUGAGGAUCCAGGACCGAAUUUUGGGGUUCCAGGUGCCAAUUUGGGGAUCCAGGACCGAAUUUUGGGGUUCAGGAGCCAAUCCAGGUAUUUUUCCCCCUCCCCAGCAGCUCCCAGGUGUUUCCUGCAUUUCCCCUCUGCCCAGUUUGGGGCACCUGAUGCAGUUUAAAGGUCUGGAAUAGGAAAAUUCACUUUUCAGGGGGUCUGGAAUCAUGAAAUGCACCUUGAAAAUGGGUGUGGAGUCAUAAAAUUCACACGGAAAGGGGUCUGGAAUAAUAAAAAUCACUUUUCAGGUGGGUCUGGGAUAAUCAAAAUCACUUUUAAGAUGGGUCUGGAAUAAUAAAAUUCACUUUUCAGAUAGGUCUGAAAUAAAAACUCACUUUUAAGAUGGAUAUGAAAUAUUAAAAUUCACUUUUAAGAUGGAUCUGGAAUAAUUAAAAUCAGUUUUAAGAUGGGUCUGGAAUAAUCAAAAUUACCUUUUAAAAUAAAUCUGGAAUAAUAAAAUUCCAUUUUUUAGAUGGGUCUGGAAUAAAAACUUUUAAGAUGGAUCUGGAGUAAUAAAAAUCAGUUUUUAGAUGGAUCUGGAAUAACAAAAAUCAGUUUUAAGAUGGGUCUGGAAUAACAAAAAUC